AUGACUUCGGACAUAUUUUAUGAUGACCGUGGGAAGAAAGGAAAGUCCAGUUUGGCGAAAAUUGAUAUUUGUUUAUUCCAUGAUUUGGACGAUGGUCAAGAAUGGUGUGCCUACUGGAAAAAAAUGAUGAGCUGCAGUGAGGUCAAACUGACCAUUGAAGUCUGUGAUACAUUAAUAUCUGCCCAUGAGUUCAGGGCCAAGGUCAACAAGAGUAAACUAUUGGUCAUUCUGACGACAAACAAUAUGUUGCAAUUUAUUAAAGAUGACGAAAGCCAUUUUCCUACUUUGAGUAAAAGAACCCAAGUAGCCAAUAUUCUUUGCCACACAUCGCAGGAUGACAUGAAUGAUUCCUCUACUGCUCCAUUUGUGAGCAAAUGGAAAACGUUUGUCGCUGGAGACGUAGGUAUUGCCAAUAGAUCUAUUGUUGGAGAUCUUCUAGAAUUGAUAGAGCAACAAGAACAACUGCAAACGAAGCAAAGAAAAACAAAAAUGAGAAAAUUCAAGAUUAUGCCAAGUCACGUCCACGAGCGUGAAGAAACCAUUGCUGUGAUCUUCAGAACUGAAUUUACAGGCCGUGUGGAGAUAGCUAUCGGGACAGAUGAGACAAGAUAUGUCGCUCAAAGGAUGAAUCCAUUCGCAUGUUCCUUCAGAAUGCCAGAUACAUGUCAUGUUGUGGGGAAGACCAAACUGAAAGUAUACAAAAAUGGCACAUUUUUCGCAGAACAUCCUUUAACCAUAUCACUACCCACACUCGAACCCUACCAGUCCCCGGCUUUUCUCUCCCAGAUUCUUCGAGUUCCCGUUGGUAACAACGAGGCUCUAGACAAAGAAUUAGUGAAGGUCUACCGAAAAAGCUUACCAGACGAUGAUGCUUUAGAGUGCAUCUUGGGCGAGUUCUAUGAGGAUAUUACACCAAAUCGAAGCAAACAUGAAUUACCAACACUUCUUCAUUUUGCCGCCAAAAAUGGCCUGAGUGAAUUAUGCUCUUUACUCCUUGACACACCUGGAUCUUUAGCUGCCUUUCAAUUGGAGAACAUAGAUGGUUAUGACCCUGCUGACCUUGCAGACAAGCAUGGCCAUACAGAGCUAUGUGAUUAUCUUCGAACCUUUGUAGACGUUGAAGCUACUGUCCAUGCUUGUGAAGACAUAUAUUUGGAGAUGAGUGGCAGAAAACUGUAUGAAAACCAAUACGAAUUGGGUAUGAAUUCAGAUCCAUCUCCCUGUUCUAUACAACAAUCUAGUCAUGACAGAUUUAAAAAGAGCGUACCAAAGACACCCGUGGCUCCAGCGAAACCUAGUAGGCGAUACAGUGAACCUGACCCGUCAAGACCACCACUUCCAGCUCCAAGGAAGUGCCCAACGCGUCAGCCAUCUGCGGAAGAAUUCAUGGGCAUGACUGGCACACAGAAUCAUGCUGCAGGAAAAUCAGCAACCCUUCCUUGUAAAGGUUCCGCGGCAGAAAACGAUCUGAUCGGAAUACUCUCAGCGGUCAAGGAAGGAGAAUUUACUCUCAAUGAGGCAGAGCGUUUGUACGAAUCAUGGAAAAAACAAAAUGCGAAUAACUCCCGUUCUAUAAGAGAACGUAAGGAAGCCUUGGAUACGCUAAGGAAUGAAUAUAUGUCAAUGUUUGACAUUGUCAAGGAACAAAACAAAGGAAAAGGCGUCUUCAAGAAAAUCAAAAAUAGACUGGUGAAAAAGAAAUCACAACAAAAUCUCAAUAUAUCGACUCCGACACUUCUGAGAGAUUCCAGGGGAAGCAUAUCUCAAAACAGCCAGGAACGGAACAGUAAUUCUAGUAGUGGAAGCAGAGUAUCUGGGAGCAGCCAGGCCUCAAGUUACGAUUUUUGCUCACCAGGAAGUGAAUCAGAUGAACUUCUGGACGAGGAUGAAUCGUCGGGAGAGGAAGCAGCCUUUUGGAGGCCUUCAGCAACCACCAGUGUGGAGCCUGUAGCAGGUUCGCAAUCUGAUGAGGCCCCUGUGAGAAUGAGAAUAUCAACGUCGUCUACACAUUCACGAGAGGCACGGAAGACUAUGCGCAAUGAAUUUCUCGAAACUGCAAAGUCCUUCGAUGAUGUCGCGCCACCUCUACCACCAAGGUAUUAUGUUAUAAGCUAA